AUGCUGUUAACACGGGCACGUGCUGCCCCCGUGCUACGAGGCUUCCAUGCGCGCCGUUUUAUCUCGACACUGGACAGCAACCGCUACAUAAAAGUCUUCCCCAAUGCGGCCUUAGACGGCAGCCACGUCCUCGCAUACCUAGACACUCCCACCCCGCCUCGACUUAUCAUUGGAACCACGACGGAACUUCCUCCCACCCCGCGAUCCUUCACCGAGAACUGCGAAAUCUACCCUAUACUCAACGAAGUCCUUGCGAAAUGGGUGUCGCAAGACCCGUCAGUCCAAAGCCGAGCUCAAGCCUUCGUCUCCUCCGCCGGCGCCGGCUUUUCCCACCAGCAGCGACGACCAAGACAGAAGAGUGGGUUGGGCACUGACAAAGGAGCUGGCGGAGGAGGUGGAGGUCGCGGGGGACAUUUCAUGCAUGUGUCGGAUUUGCGGAAAGUGCCCGACUUUGGGAGGAUAUGUGAGCCCGAGGAUAUGCUUGGGAGUGUGGAAGUCAACGAGCAGGGACACAUUGUGGGCGAGUUCCAGCCGAGUGGGACAUAUCGGAUUGUUACCAAUGAUGGCAUAUUGGGUCUGGGCGAUUUCUUGACACAGAAGCUCAUCGAGAGACUCCAACAGGAGGAACGCAAGGGUUGA